GCCAGAUUAUCAGACCCCGGAAUGUAAUAAACCAGAAAAAAAGAAAAAAACAGGCACACACACCCAAAAAAAAAAAAAAAUCUAGAGAGAAAUAAAUUAAAAAACUUAUCGCAUUCUCUAACCAUUUUUCUCAUCCAAACGGCCUCAGAAUCUCUCACAGGAACACCCAAAAAAAAAAAAAAAAAAAAAAUCAAAAACCAAUAAGAACCUGUAGGGAUUCAUUGCAAUGGCCUCCACCUCAUCCUCUGCACUUACUAUCUCUUCCUCAUCAACCCUGGUUGACACCAAAGCCCCUCGCCAAUCAGCUGCUUCAUCACCGCAAUGUGUGACCCUUCCCACCCACCCUCCACCUCCAGUCCAGUCUCAGAAGCGCCCAUGGAAGAGCACUGCUUACUGUCGUAAGGUUGCCCGAAAUGUCAUGGCCAUGGCUACUGGAGAAGCUCCUGCAGAAGUUGCAGCAACUGAGCUUCCAGAGUUUAUCAAAUCUAUUCAAGAAGCUUGGGAUAAAGUUGAAGAUAAGUAUGCUGUGAGUUCACUGGGGGUAGCUGCUAUUGUUGCUCUUUGGGGCUCCAGUGGGUUGAUUUCGGCUAUUGAUAGGCUUCCUUUAAUUCCUGGAGUUCUUGAGGUUGUAGGAAUUGGUUACAGUGGGUGGUUCGCGUACAAGAACCUGGUUUUCAAACCUGACAGGGAAGCAUUGAUAAAGAAAAUUAAGGAGACAUACAGCGAAAUCAUUGGAAGCAGCUAGAGGAAACCAGAAGGUAAUGCUGCUGAGAUGAGUGAAAAUUUCCCUUUUUGAAGCAAAUAUCUCGGAGCAUUGUGCAUAUAUAUGUCGACCAUCCUUGAUUUUGUUGUUGGCAUAAGCAUCUAACUAGCAUAAAUCCAUGUAAUGUACUUUGUCUCGAAGAUACAUGUAACUAUUAUAUAUUUCAUUUCCCCUCUAGAACCUUGUAAUUUGAACAAUCACUUUUUCUUUAUGGUACUUGGAAGGGAAAGGUCAAGUAUAACUUUAGUAAAAUAAUUAUGAGCAAUUUUAUUGACUUUA